AUGCGUUGGCCUUUUAGCAAUCUGACAGCACGAGGUUAUUCCAGUCUCUCCACCACCACCAACACUCGGCGGAUCAACACCCGAUUGCUACUCACCAUUCUCAAAUGGAUCGUCCUUGCUAUACUCGCCGGCAUUACAGCCUUCUUCAUUGUAUGCCGUGUAGACACCCACAUGCGCAUCUAUGUCCGAUUCUGGCUAUCACCACGGAAGCCUGUUAUUGUUGAACCACUUUCAGAGGAGGGUGCGUGUUUUCAAAACUUGGCUCCAAAGUAUCAGCAAGGCUAUGCGACACACAGUAUCAACAUGAUGCCUGGUUACCGUAUGCAGGAUGACACUUGCUAUGGAUAUGCAAGCACCGUGAAAAAGCCUCGCCAUCGCAUGGGGAAUAACGACACAGUGAUCUAUUUUCAUACGACGUGGUCCUCGGCAGACAACACAUUUGGCGAAACACAAUUGGCAACACUCCGUUCCUUUGUUGCAACCCAGGAUCCAGCGACGACUCGGCUUAUUGUAUGGAUUGAUGAAAAGGAUCAAAGGUUAUUGGAUGAAUCACCUUAUUGGAAAGAGGCAGCUGAACAUACGGAUCGCAUCUGGUAUGAGAUCGAUAAUACGACACAAGAUACAUUCAUUGCAUUCAAGGCAUUGUCGACCUAUGGUGGCGUGUGGUUUAAUAUGAAUACACUCUUUGUACGAGAUUUGGAACCGUUACUUGUUGGCAAUGAUUGGAUCUCUCAAGCAACGUGCUACACCAGCGUGGAAGGCAACCCAUUCUCUGGAUCAUCCAUGAUGUACUUUACAAAGGACUCGCCCUAUCUAUGUGAAUUGGAAAAUGCCAUCAGCGAAUCAUCCUUGCCACCCAUCAAUCAACUUACGCUGGCAGAUUUGGGUCGACUUUAUUACCGAGUCUACGUGCGGAUAUUAAGGAAUGGAUACAAACCAUGGGCCAUCAUACCGUGGUGCUAUUUCGAACCCUCUCAAUGUACAAAGUCAUUACGCUUUUCAAGUCCCUUUGCAUCGUCAACUACAGCAAUCAGCGAUCAUUGGUUAGAUAGCAUCUUUGCUUUUCAUUAUCACGAUACCCCUCCUUCUACACCCUCGGGUGCUAUUUAUGAAUCUCUUAAUAACAAAUACAAGGACGCGGUUGAAUGGUAG